AUGAAUGCCCGCGCCGAAGCAGAGGCUAUCAAGGUACGGGCCGCAUAUGCAAAAAAGAGAGCAGAUUUGGAGACCGAGGUUGCAGUAAUGGAAGCCGAGGCAGCGCAUCAAAAGGCAGCAAUAGAAGCUCAAACGGCACGUCAAAGGGCAGCAAUUGAAGCUUUAAAGGAACAGAGCAACUACGAGGCAGCUGCAGCAAAACUAAAGGUUUUGGAACAAGCUAUCGGUGCAGAUGAAAAUGCUAGCGAAAGGGUCAGCGUCAAGGCAGAUGUAGCAGAUCCUUUUGAACGCACUAAGAACUAUGUUCUAAACCACAGCAGUGAACACUCAAUUACCUCCACGUUUCACGGCAACGCAAGGACUUCACCACAUCAUCAGGUAAAAGCCGUUCCAGCCACUUCCUACAUGCAAACCCACCCCAGUGCAGCUCCCGACUGUCAUGCUGAUCCCGCAUAUGUCACAAAAUGGCACACUAAGCCGCAAGCAAGUCGCCAGCCUCCUGCUAACAGUACUGUUCCAGACCUUCACCCAACAAUUCAGCUGAAUGCCCUUGCUGCACCAUAUCUUCCCACGUCUCUUUGCAACGAUACCAUAAACAAUGCGAUCCACAACAAUCAACCAGCAACCUCCUAUGUAAAGUCAGAGGCAACCGAUACAACAGAGGUAGUAAAGUACUUACUUCGACAUGAACUCGCCAAGUCAGGCCUAGUAAACUUCGACGACCAUCCUGAAAAUUAUAGAAGCUGGAAAGCCGCUUUCAAAACUACAUUAGGCGGUAUCGGUCUUACUGCCGAUCGUGAGCUGGAUCUGCUGAUCGGGUUGCUUGGCCCACAGUCAACAGAACGUGUCAAGAGCCUCAGGUCAGUUUACAUCGACAAUCCAACUGCAGGUCUCACCGCAGCAUGGGAGCGUCUAGAACAGACUUACGGUAGUCCUGAAGCCAUAGAGAAUGCAUUGCUCAAACGAUUGGAAAAUUUCCCAAGGAUAUCUGGUAAGGACAAUAUAGAGUUCCAGAGACUCAGCGACCUUCUUCUCGAAGUCCAGCUUGCCAAAACUGACCCUAAGCUACCUGGCCUCAGUUACCUGGACACUGCUCGAGGAGUUAACCCUAUCAUUUGCAAGCUUCCGCAUGGCCUACAAGAAAAGUGGAUCCAAGUUGGGUCAUCAUACAAACGGGAAAACAAGGUUUCCUUUCCCCCGUUCUCCUACUUCUGCAAUUUCGUCAGGAACAUUGCUGACACCAAGAACGAUCCUAGUUUUGCAUUCAAAGAGUUCAAUACUCCCUCACCUAAAGGUGACAACCUACAUACUAGCUACAGGAACCGCAGAGGUCCCGUGUCCGUUAGGAAGACAGACAUUAUUCCCACUCCCGCCCCAAACAAGAGCGGCAAGAUCGAAAACCCAAACCGAUUAUGUCCCAUCCACAAGAAGCCUCAUCCCCUCAAAAAAUGUAUCGGUUUCAGAAAGAAGCCCCUACAAGAACGAAAGGAACUCCUAAAGACUUUUGGGGUAUGUUAUAGAUGCUGUGCUUCCACCGAUCACUUUGCCAAGGAAUGUAAAACUCCUAUCAAGUGCAUAGAGUGCGGUUCCGAGGACCAUGUGCAAGCACUCCAUCCCCUUGAGUCCAAUCCUUCACAACAUGCAGACCUUCCUCCUGGGCAGAACCACAGCGGGAAGAGUACAGAUCACGUACCUAAUUCCACCAUGGUAUUUUCUUCGUGCACUGAAGUCUGUGGGGAAGACCACUGUGACAAAUCUUGCGCUAAAAUAUGCCUAGUGAAUAUUCAUCACAAGGAUCAGCCAGAAAAGACUUUAAGGGUGUAUGCUAUCUUAGACGAUCAAAGCAAUCGAUCGCUUGCACGAUCCGAACUGUUCGAUCUAUUUUGCACAAAAGGAGAGGUUCACCCUUACACCUUAGGCACUUGUAGUGGAACUACAGAGGUUUUUGGAAGAAGGGCUCAUGGAUUUAUUGUGUCCUCCCUAGAAAAUAACCUACAAUUACCCUUACCUACACUUGUAGAGUGUAACCAGAUACCAGCCAACAAAGAAGAAAUACCUACACCAGAAGUUGCCUUCUACCACCCUCAUCUAAGGUCAAUAGCCAGUGAAAUCCCACCACUUGACAAAGAUGCUAAAAUCCUUCUUCUGCUGGGAAGAGAUAUUCUAAGGCUCCACAAGGUACACAGGCAGGUCAGCGGACCUCCAGAGGCCCCAUUCGCCCAGUACCUGGACUUAGGCUGGGUCAUCAUAGGCAACGUCUGUAUAGGCAAAAUGAAAAGGCCUACUAACAUUUCUUCAUUCAAGACAAAUGUAUUGCCAAAUGGUCGUAAUACUCACUUUGAGCCAUGCCCACAUCACUACUGGGUGAAGGAGAAGGUAACUAGCUGCAAGUUGCAACAUCGCAACACAAACCUUUCCCCCACCUACGAUGACAGCUUUGGUUCUACAGUUUUCAAUGUAAGCAGUGAAGACGACAAGUUGGCUCCUUCGGCAGAAGACAAAGAAUUCCUUAAAGUAAUGGACAAUGAGUUCUUUCAGGAAGAUUCCAAUAGCUGGGUAGCACCCCUACCCUUUCGCCUCCCGAGAGAGAAGCUACCAAACAAUCUACAUCAAGCAGUCAAAAGAUUCUCCUCCUUAAAGCGUACCUUAAGCAGGAAGCCAGAGAUGGAAAGACAUUUUGUGGACUUCAUACAGAAUAUCUUUGACAGGGGUCAUGCCGAACCCGCACCCCCAUUGAAAGAAGGAGAAGAAUGCUGGUACCUCCCUUCCUUCGGUGUGUAUCACCCACGAAAGCCAGACCAAAUCAGAGUUGUCUUUGACUCCAGUGCCCAACAUGAAGGCUUCUCACUUAACGACAUGCUCCUCACAGGGCCUAACUUGAACAACAACCUCAUUGGAGUCCUAAUUCGCUUUCGUCAAGAACCUGUAGCGGUGAUGGCCGACAUUCAACAAAUGUUCCACUGCUUCAUCGUCAAGGAAGAUAACAGGAAUUACCUCAGGUUUCUAUGGCACAAGGACAACGACAUCAACAAAGAGGUAAUUGAUUACCGAAUGAGGGUACAUGUCUUUGGGAACAGCCCUUCCCCAGCUGUAGCAAUCUAUGGACUAAAAAAGACAGCUCAGCUUGGAGAAGCUGAGUAUGGAUCCGAUGCUCGUCAAUUUGUUGAAAGGAACUUUUACGUAGAUGACGGGCUCAAAUCCUUUCCUACUGCUAAAGAAGCAAUUAAUCUUCUUACCAGAACAAAAGAGAUGCUAGCUGUAGCAAACUUGAGACUUCACAAAAUUAUAUCUAACAGCCAAGAGCUAAUGAAUGCAUUUCACCCUGAGGACUAUGCUGCCAGUGUGAAAGACCUUGACCUUGGGUCAGACGCACCCCCUAUGCAGAGAAGUCUAGGUCUGCUGUGGAACAUCAAAGUAGACACAUUCGCCUUCCAGGUGUCAACCUGUGACAAACCCUUCACCAAGAGAGGAGUCUUGUCCGUAGUGAACAGCAUCUACGACCCACUGGGAUUUAUAGCCCCAGUCACCAUCCAAGGUAAGAUGUUAUUAAGACAGCUUACUACUGAUAACAUAGAUUGGGACACUCCGUUACCUAUUGAGAAACAACGAAGAUGGGAGAAAUGGAGAGGUUCUCUGAAGACAUUAGAACAGCUCCAAAUUCCACGUUGCUAUGCCCCAGUCUCCAUCUCAGCCGCUGUCCAGAGGGAAAUCCAUAUUUUCUCUGAUGCAUCAGUUGAAGCUAUAGCUGCAGUGGCCUAUUUGAAGACCUCAGGCGUCAAUGGAAACGGGUGCAACACCUAGCCAAUGUGUUUUGGCACCGCUGGAGAAUGGAGUACCUGCAUACCCUUCAAAGCCGUUCCAAAUGGCAAACACCCAAGCCUAACCUCAAAGUAGGAGACCUUGUUCUUCUGAAAGAUAAAGAAGUCUGUCGCAAUGAGUGGCCUAUGGGUCUUGUAACAGGCGUAAUGCCCAGCGAUGACGGAAAGGUUCGAAAGGUUGAAGUUAAGAUAACUAAAGGAGGUUCUGCUCGGACUUUCUCACGACCAAUCACGGAAUUGGUGCUUCUUCUCCCAAGUGAGUGACUUAGGCAGGAGUACCGGCUAUACCUGUUAUGGCGGGGAGAAUAUCACUAUCACUAUUGACUGUGCUACUGUUGAAGUCCCACCAUUACAAACGAUAGACCGCAGGACUCAAGCCAUCUGUUUUUUGGACGUCAUGUUUCAUUGUUCAUUUACUGCAUACCUUCUUGUGUUUGCGGGUAUCUCGUAUCUAUGGUUUACACACCAGUUUUACCUUUAACGUUUCUUCCCCUACAGGUUCAAGUUGGACUUAUCUUUAUAUAUGUAAUAGACUUUGAAAUCUAAAGAUUUCAGGCGGGGAGUGUCAUGUUACAUGAUAUUAUUUUUUAUUAUGUACUGUCUCUUUAAUGCCUAUCUAGUUUGUCUCUUGUGGCAUUCCUUAGUUUGCAUGCUGCUCAGUCUCCUCCCCCUCUUUGCUGUAUCAGCCAUUUUAAUGCUGUAAUUCAUCUGACCUGUGUCUAUUCUCUAUACCUGCAUGGAAGAAUCGUUCUUUUACCUGUUGUAACUUGCAUUCUACGGAUCAUACGACGAAUAAACAUCGCCAGAUCUUCUUUCAUAUUGGGUCUUAUCCUCUCCCAGAUGACUAUGGACAAGCUGGUCCUUCAAGUUCGGACCUCUCCUGUAUGUUAUGGAUGGAUAUGGGGUCUCCCUGCUUGGCGUGGUCCCUAAGAAAGAACCGGGAUUUCCGGUCCUUUCCUACCGGAAGCGGAUCUGGAGGGCAAGAGAUGUCCGUUGUACCUGUGGGACUUGGUGGACAGCAGCUGAUGACGCUGGUCAGAUCUUCAGUCUCCCCUGCCACAUGGCAGGCGCAUGGUCCGGGGCGUCCGGCUGUAUGGAUGAUCGGCCAUUCCUACUGUCACCGCCAGUUCUGUGAGAAG